GGCGGGGAGCAGCAGGCGGCGGGCCCGGGAAGAAAAGAACAUGGCUCCUGCGGCGGGCAGCGCCGCGCGCGGUUCGGGGCGGAGGCGCGCGGGGCAGCAGUGACCGCGAUGGUGAACUCGAGCCGCGUGCAGCCGCAGCCGCCCGGGGACGCAAAGCAGCCGCCGGCGCCCGGAGCGGCGGGCCCAGGCCGGCCGACGGCGGGCGGCGCGGCCCCGGGCGGCCUCCGCGAGCCGAGGGGCCUGGAGAUCGAGAUGGAGCGCAUCCGGCAGGCGUCCGCGCGGGACCCCCCGGCCGGAGCCUCCGCUUCCCCGUCUCCUCCUCUCUCGUCGUGCUCGCGGCAAGCGUGGAGCCGUGACAACCCGGGCUUCGAGGCCGAGGAGGAGGAGGAGGAAGAGGAGGUGGAAGGGGAGGAAGGGGGAAUGGUGGUGGAGAUGGACGUGGAGUGGCGCCCGGGCAGCCGGAGGUCGGCCGCCUCCUCGGCCGUGAGCUCCGCAGGCGCCCGGGGCCGGGGGUUGGGCGGCUACCACGGCGCCGGCCACCCGAGCGGGAGGCGACGCCGGCGGGAGGACCAGAGCCCGCCGAGCCCCGGCCCGGCCGGCGGUGGGGACCCGCUGCAUCGCCACCUCCCUCUGGACGGUCAGCCGCUGCGAGUGGCCUGGGCUGAGAGGCUGGUUCGCGGGCUGCGAGGUCUCUGGGGAACAAGACUCAUGGAGGAAAGCAACACUAACCGAGAGAAGUACCUGAAAAGCGUUUUACGGGAAUUGGCCACAUACCUCCUUUUCCUCAUAGUCUUGUGCAUCUUGACCUACGGGAUGAUGAGCUCCAGCGUGUACUACUACACUCGCAUCCUGUCGCAACUCUUCCUCGACACCCCAGUGUCCAAAACGGAGAAAACUAACUUUAAAACUCUUUCUUCAGUGGAAGACUUCUGGAAGUUCACAGAAGGUGCCUUACUGGAUGGGCUGUACUGGAAGACACAGCCCAGCAACAGAAAUGAAGCUGACAACCGAAGCUUCAUCUACUAUGAGAACCUCCUGUUGGGGGUACCACGGAUACGGCAACUCAAAGUCAGAAAUGGAUCCUGUUCUAUCCCCCAGGACUUGAGAGAUGAGAUUAAAGAGUGCUAUGAUGUCUACUCUGUCAGUAGUGAAGACAGGGCUCCAUUUGGUCUGAGAAAUGGAACCGCUUGGAUCUACACAAGUGAAAAAGACUUGAAUGGGAGUAGCCACUGGGGAGUGAUUGCAACUUACAGUGGAGCCGGCUAUUACCUGGAUUUGUCAAGAACAAGAGAGGAAACCGCAGCUCAGAUUGCUAGCCUCAAGAAAAAUGUCUGGCUGGACCGAGGAACCAGGGCAACGUUUAUUGACUUUUCAGUGUACAAUGCCAACAUUAACCUGUUCUGUGUGAUCAGGUUAUUGGUUGAAUUCCCAGCAACAGGCGGUGUGGUUCCAUCUUGGCAAUUUCAGCCUGUAAAGCUGAUCCGAUAUGUCACAACUUUUGAUUUCUUCCUGGCAGCCUGUGAGAUUAUCUUUUGUUUCUUUAUCCUUUACUAUGUGGUGGAAGAGAUAUUGGAAAUUCGCAUUCACAAGCUACACUAUUUCAGGAGUUUCUGGAAUUGUCUGGAUGUUGUGAUCGUUGUGCUAUCUGUGGUAGCUAUAGGAAUUAACAUACACAGAACAUCAAACGUGGACGUGCUGUUACGGUUUCUGGAAGAUCAAAACACUUUCCCCAACUUCGAGCAUCUGGCAUACUGGCAAAUACAGUUUAACAAUAUAGCUGCUGUCGUAGUGUUUUUUGUCUGGAUUAAGCUCUUCAAAUUCAUUAACUUCAACAGGACCAUGAGUCAGCUCUCCACAACCAUGUCUCGUUGCGCCAAAGACCUCUUUGGCUUCGCAAUUAUGUUUUUCAUUAUUUUCUUAGCAUAUGCUCAGUUGGCGUACCUUGUCUUUGGCACGCAGGUUGAUGACUUCAGUACUUUCCAAGAGUGUAUCUUCACUCAAUUCCGUAUCAUUUUGGGUGAUAUCAACUUCGCAGAGAUUGAGGAAGCUAAUCGAAUUUUGGGACCAAUUUAUUUCACUACGUUUGUGUUCUUUAUGUUCUUCAUUCUUUUGAAUAUGUUUUUGGCCAUCAUCAAUGAUACUUACUCUGAAGUGAAAUCUGAUUUGGCUCAGCAGAAAGCUGAAAUGGAACUGUCAGAUCUUAUCAGAAAGGGCUACCAUAAAGCCUUAGUCAAACUAAAACUAAAAAAAAAUACCGUGGGUGACAUUUCAGAGAGUUUGCGACAAUGCGGAGGCAAGUUAAACUUUGAUGAACUUCGACAAGAUCUCAAAGGGAAGGGCCAUACUGAUGCAGAGAUCGAGGCAAUAUUCACAAAAUAUGACAGAGAUGGAGACCAAGAACUGACUGAACAUGAACAUCAACAGAUGAGAGAUGACUUGGAAAAAGAGAGGGAGGACCUGGACUUGGAUCACAGCUCUUUACCGCGUCCCAUGAGCAGCCGAAGUUUCCCACGAAGCCUGGAUGACUCUGAGGAGGAUGAUGAUGAAGACAGCGGUCAUAGCUCCAGAAGGAGGGGAAGCAUCUCCAGUGGGGUUUCUUAUGAAGAGUUUCAAGUCCUAGUGAGACGAGUGGACCGAAUGGAGCACUCCAUUGGCAGCAUUGUGUCCAAGAUUGACGCCGUGAUCGUGAAGCUGGAGAUCAUGGAGAGGGCCAAACUGAAGAGAAGGGAAGUGCUGGGAAGACUGCUGGAUGGAGUGGCCGAGGAUGAAAGACUGGGUCGUGACAGUGAAAUCCACAGGGAACAGAUGGAACGGCUAGUGCGUGAAGAGUUGGAACGCUGGGAAUCCGAUGAUGCAGCUUCCCAAAUAAGUCACAGUUUAGGCACCCCGAUGGGGUUAAAUGGUCAGCCUCGCCCCAGAAGCUCCCGCCCUUCUUCCUCUCAGUCUGCGGAAGGAGUGGCAGGCACAGAUGGAAAUGGAAGUGCUAGUAUGCACGGGUAGGACGUGUUGGUAAACGUGUUCUAAUAGGUGAGAAGGUGGCUGUCUGAAUUGCCAUCGCAAGGAUACUACAGUAAGUCCUCAUUGAUCGUUAUCGAUAGGUUCUUGGGACUCUGCCAAAAUGCAGUAUAAUGAAGCCAGUUUUACCACAGGCUAAUUGACAUAAGCAAGAGUUAUGUUCCUAAAGCAUUAUUAUUAAUAAUAAAAUUAUUUUUUCCCAGGAUCUGUUGUAUUUACAAGUAUAUGCCCUGACUACCAUAUAAUGUUGGUCUUUGUGACCAAUCAUUAAUUCUUCUGCACUUUAAUUUAUUUUAGAUGAACCUUCCCCAUGGCUUAAAGACAAUUUUUUUACUCAUAUAAGUAAUUAGGUGUAAAUAUUGAGUACAUAAAAAAAUCUCUGUAAAGUCUAAGAAGUGGUAUGCUCACUUGGUACCAUGACCGAGUCUUCUCAGUUGACAAUGAAGUCGCCUUUUGAGCUAGAAAAAAACUGUUUAAAGGUUUCUGAGUUUUAUUUUCAAUCACAAAGUCAGUAUUGUCAUUUUAGCCCAGUGUGUGAAGACAAAAUAGGGGAAUUCCUUCCCACUCAGGCUUGAGCUUACUAUAUAGUGUUCUGUUGUUGUUGUUGUUGAAGAAAGGAGCCCAUUAUUUCAACUACCUUCCUGGGGUAAACUUUUCCAAAAGACAAGCUGGAAAAGAACUCCAAAUCAUAGAACGAGUACGUAGUCAUAAUGCUAAGAUUUGUAUGAAUGGUUAAGGUAAAUGUCGAAUUGUGUGGGGUGGUUGUUAUUUUAUCAUAUCUAAUGUCUGUGGGAAUUAUUGUUUUACUUAACUUUUACACUAUUUUUCUCUCAUUUGAAAUGAGUGGUGUUAAACCACCCAAGAUCAGUUAUGGGUUAAAAAUGUCACCUGUAACUUCAACACAAGAGAAUUGGAAUGAGCCUUAUCACUAAAUUUGACUGUUUCUAAUAAUUAGUUUAGUAAAAAAUUUACUCUGUAUACCCUUUUCCAUGUGGCUCAACCUAUUCACAACUGAAUAUAAUGUUGUAACUAAUCCAGGAAGGGCCAUUUACUAAAUUUUUCAGUAUGUACUGAAAUUUUUAGGAAAUGUGUUCUUUGUAAACAAAAAUUUAAGGCAGUUUUAAAAUUCAUAUAAAAAUAUUAUAAAACUAAAGUUUGAGUUUUAUACUGUUUUAAAAAUACAGAACUCAUACUCUUGACCUUGCAUCUCAGACCUAGACUUAUACUCUAGACAGAGUUGGAUUUUAUGAAAAGGAGUUUUGGUAUUGACAGUCCAUCCAUUAUCAGAAGGUAUCAGCCUGCAUUUGGGUUUGCAGCAAUUUUCCUUUUCUGGUUUUUCAUUUAGCAUCUCACCAAAUUUAUGGGGAAGAAAUUGAUUUCUCAAUAAAAAAUGAAAAUCUUAUUUUUCAAAGUGUUGAGUAGACCACCUAGUGAGAGCUCAGGGGACAAGCAGGAAAGAACCUAGUGCUGGUGAAUAGCUCACUGGGAGAACAAGAGAGGCCUAUUUUUUAACUCUGUAUUUUAAUUUCCUGUGUUGAUCAUUUAAUUGGUAGAAUAUGUCAGUCAAAUCUUCACUGAAAACGUGAGCAAACAAACCUCUCUAUGCUGGCUGCUUCAGGACUAAUACACAUUGGUUUUCUUCAACAGUUAUUUCCUGUGGUUUCAUAUCCAUCUUUACGUUAUUUCAAUAUGCUACACAAUGUACUUUAUUACUAGGUACUAACUAAAGUUUGGGCUCCAGGGAUAGUGAGUGUAUGUAUUAAAUAUUUAUGUCUGUGUAUCCUGUUGUUACAUGCAAACAAACUUCAGUGUGAAGUGCAGCUAUUAUGUGGCAUCCAUGUGCAUUGACGAUGUGCCAUAGAUCACUUAUGGUCACUAGAAAAUAUUUUAUGAUACUUCUUGUUAUGCUGUUUUUCACUUCUCCUGUAAAACUAUAAUUUACAUUUUCUUUUCUUCUUUAGUCAUGGAGAAUUUCCUCCUCCAUCCUCCCCUAUCAUCUUCUCUCUCAUGUUAAUAUUAUUAAGAAGAUGUUACAUAUGCAGGUCUCUAUUAACAAUAGAGAAUUUCAUUAAUGUGUAAUUCUGAGCACUUUACUGCCUAAUAAAAAAUUUGAUGCAAAAACAGUUGUUAAGAAUUGUCUG